CUAAGGCCAUGGACUACAAUAACGGGCUGUUUGACUGCCAGUCGCCCACUUCACCUUUCCUGGGGGGCCUCCGGGUGCUGCACCUGCUGGAGGACCUGCGCGGGAUGCUGGAGCUCAUGGACAACGAGGAAAAGGACAACCUGCGCUGUCAGAUUCCUGACUCCACUGCAGAGGGGGUGGCGGAGUGGCUGCAGGGACGAUUGACUAACGGUCACGGCUUAGAAGCAAUCUACCAAGAACGUCUGUCACGAGUGGAGAGUGACAAAGAGUGUCUUAUUCUUCAGGUCAGCGUUCUCUCGGAUCAGGUGGAGGUGCAGGGUGAAAAGAUACGGGACCUGGAAAACUGCCUCGAUCAUAAUCAGGAGAAACUAAAUGCUACUGAAGAGCUGCUGCAACAUGAGCUGUUGACCCGGUCCACUCUGGAGACGCAGAAGCUGGGGCUGAUGACGGAGGUGUCCAGUCUGAAUCUGAAGCUGACGGCUGUGGAGAGAGACCACAGGGAGAAUGAGCUGUUUCCUGCCAUUACCCCCCACUCUCCCCCUCUCCCCUCCGGAGGGGCUCAAAGUGUGUGA